AGUAACGUUGCGCGGCUUCAGCAGACACAGACUCUGGCGGGUCUGGGUAUCUUUUGGAUCGUUGCCGCCACCGCCAGUUGUCAACAUACUAUCCGAUCGUCGACACACGCGUCGUCGUCGUCGUCGUCGUCAACACGGGUUCACAUUUUGAAACUUAAUCCAGCUGAUCGCACGACGAUCGUCAUAGUAGUGUAGUGCCUUGCCUUGUAGUCAAAGGUUCAUCUAGUUUCGAUCCAGCGACGAUCGUGAAAGAGACAGUGAAAGGGAGAGAGCGAGGGCGACAAAAGUGCGUGAAAGAGUGAAGAUCAUUUGAAGGAAAAACGCUAUAAAGAGGCAACGCGCCCAGCUUUUAUCGUUGUGAAAACGAGCGCAGUUUUCACCUCCAAGCCCAGCUUCGUUUGCAGUUUUCUUAACGCCGUAGUGUUGUUUGGUUAAAGUGGAUAAAGAAAACAAUAGCGACACCCGUGCGACACCUGGCACAAGCGUAACCGCAACCGCUUCGAGGCGAGCAGCAGCGAGCGUGACCGUGAAAUUGUUGUGGCGCUACCGGGAGUCUUUCCACUGGUCCUUCCACUCCAGCUUUGCUACCACUACCACUGCGGCGGCUGUACGGCGCUGGAAAAGGAAAAGUUUCUGCUGUGGCACUAACAUUUGUAGCUAUCAACUCACAGAAAGCAGGCGUCGGAGAGCGUGCGAGCGUCUUUACUUGACUGGUUGGCGCGAACGAACGAACGGGUGGAAUUUCCUGUGAGCAAACGGAAAGACAAACAGAAUUUCCACAACCAUGUACAUGUACGAUCCACCGAAGAAAAAUAACUUCACAUCCGUGGAAGAAUUCCAGGAGGCAUUCAACCUGUUCGACAAUCGUGGCGAUGGCAAGAUCCAGCAGCAGCAGAUCGGCGAAUGUCUGCGAGCACUUGGCCAAAACCCGACCGAGUCGGACGUGAAGAAGUUCACGAUGCAGCUGAAGCCGGACGAGCGCGUGUCGUUCGAAGUGUUCCUGCCCAUCUAUCAGGCCAUCUCGAAGCAGCGCACGGCCGAAACGGCGGACGACUUUAUCGAGGGUUUGCGUCACUUCGACAAGGACGCGAGCGGUUUCAUUUCGUCUGCCGAGCUGCGCCAUCUGCUGACGACGCUCGGCGAGAAGUUGGGUGAUGAUGAGGUGGAACAGCUGCUCCAAAACCAGGAGGAUUCGCAAGGAAACGUCAACUACGAGGAGUUCGUCCGGAUGGUCAUGAGCGGCUAGAGUCCAACCUAGCUGUUGUGUAAUGUUGGUGGUGUUGGUGAUGCUAGCUCUGGCCAAACACAUCGAAAUGCAUACACACACAGAGAUACCAACACCCUACUACUAAUAAUCAGAGAUAGACUUACGGAAGAAGAGUAUCGUUUACUUAAGCUACUUAUGUUUCCAUUCCGGCGAGCGUUCGUGUUUCUGCCCAUGACGAACGCCUGCGCUUAGAGCAGAACACAUGCAUUUUUUCGCUUCUUUAACUACUAAAAGUGGGCCUGUAUUCGACUGUAGAUGAACAAUAAUUUUUGUUUUUCCACUACCCUCACCAACUGUUGUUUCAAAAUUUGCCCUAAAAGAAGAAAGCUAGUAUAUAGUGAAGAGUGACAGUAAGGGAAGCAUCUAGUGCAGGAUCAAACCGGUACGGUGGUAUGGUCGUUGCACUGCAGACAUGCGCGUGAAUGUGUCUUGCGGUGCAGCGCGUACCCGAGACGCAAAGUAUUAUGGCCCAUCUUUCCUUUCGUUUGAUGACGAUGAAUAGGGUUUUGCCGUUUUUCUGUGUUCGAAUUUAAGUGUGUGAUCAAGCACUAGGUACUUCGCUUUAACCAAUAAAUAUGCUCCAGUUUAAGGAGACCUUUGAA